UUACCGCCAGCACCCUUGGGUCCCAGUCCCCCACCACGCCGACCUCAGGCCCGUCGCCGCACUUUCCAAGCCCCAGCCUACCUCACGACAUGGCCAAGAUCUCACCACCCCGACUCCGGAAGCGCACCGGCCGACACUUCAUUUACACACGCUGUCCGCCUACCCGGCCCUCACCAACACUCGGAACCCGCAUUCCCUUCGGCGAUGUGACCUCGCUUUCAGUUCAUGAUGGCGGUUGUGGGAAGGCGCUGGGCUGUAGCGUGACUCCAGGAAAGAGGGACAUCAGAGCAUCCAAUGGAGGUCAACUGGAGCCGUUGGAGAAGGGAGCAGCCCUUCUUUCAUAGGUUGCUUCAAUGGCUGGAUAUCCUGGACCCAACAACAUUAUUAGCCUCAAAUAAGGAAAUAGAAAAUGCACAAAUCCUGCUUCAGGGCAGCCUUCCAAAUCUGAAAGAAACAGUGAAAAAUGAAAAGAUUAAACAAGCAUUGAAACUUUCUCUGGUGAGCAAAGUUUAUCAGAAGUCUUCGGUUCAUCCAGAUACUGGAGAUGUGUUACCAACAAUUUUCCGUGCUUCAGCAUUUACACCUCUUGCAGUCCCAUUGGUUGUGGCUAUGCUUCUGCCUCACAAAGGGAUGAAGCCAGCUUUAUUUUGGCAGUUCCUCUUUCAGUCAUACAGUGCAGGUUUUAACCUAGCAAACAGAAAUAAAACUACCUCCAAAGAUGUAAAGAUUCCUUUACAACAAGGUUUCCUUUUGCUUGGAGCUGCGACUUAUACUACAUGUUUGGGAGUUUUCCCUCAGUUUGUGAUGAAUCGCUACACAUCUAACAGUCCUACAGUACAUACUGUGUUCAGAAAGAUUCUGCCAGUUCCUGUACUUGCGAUUGCAUGUGCUCUGAAUGUGGCAAUAGUUAGAGGCAUUGAAUUUGAUAAAGGAGUUGAAGUUGUGGAUGAGAGUGGAAACGUGGUUGGAGUUUCACAAUUAGCUGGAACUAAGGCAAUAAAAGAGACCGCAUUUUCUCGAGCAGUAUUAGUCGGAACUACGGUAGCUGUACCCAAUCUACUUGUCAGUUAUCUACAAAGGACAGAUUUCAUAAGAAGAUUUCCACUUGCCCUGGCUCCUUUUAGACAUAUAAUGACAACCAUUGCAUUUGGACUAAUGGUACCCAUUUCUUUUAGCCUCUAUCCUCAGACAGGGAAGAUAAAAGUGAGUAACCUUGAACCUUUGAUCCAAUCGGCCACUACAGAAGACUGCCUUUAUUAUAACAGAGGAUUGUGAAAGAAAGUUCACAAACAAGGUUGCAUCGUGCCUGGAGUCAAAUUGUUCGCAUGGACACAUUUCAUUACGCAUGGACAAUAAUUCAAAACCAGGUAGCUCAGGACUCAAAUGCAGCCAAAAUUUUAUUUGAUGCAUAAGUAUUUGUAAUAAUGUAAAACAUUGCAACAACAAACAUUUGACUAAAUAAUUAGUUAUUUUAACAUCAGUUUUUAAAAAAAAGUUCCACUGUCCCUGCUUUUUGACAAGUUGUGAUCAAAUACCUUUAUCUAUGAUGGAUUUCCAAGAUUUUUCCAUCCUGUCUUUAAGGCAAUGGCUUGUGCUGCAUUACAGUUCCAUGCUUGCAGUCCCCUACUUCCUUUGGAAAUGCGUCAUUUUAAUAUAGGAGCCUUGUCAUUUCUGGGAUACCAUUGGAAUAUCACACUGUCUGCUCAUGAUCACCUGACUCAUUGGCAGAAUUCACUGGAUGGCAAUGAAGAAUAACACUUAGUGCAUGAUUUGCCUGCCAUUCUGAGGCCUGAAAAUGUACAAGUGUAUAUAUAGAAACUAUGUAAAGUAUAUGAAAAUAUACUAUUUUGCCCUCAUUUUUGUCCUGAUGACACCACAAACAAAAGGUGAGAACUUAUCAGCCUGUUUGGGUAGCUGAGUCCCACACUGCUAUGUAUACAUAGAACAUAGAAAAGUACAGCACAGUACAGGCCCUUUGGCCCACGAUGUUGUGCUGUGGAAUAAUCCUCAUCCAAAAACAAAAUAACCUAACCUAUGUUCCCCUCAAUUCACUGCUGUCCAUGUGCAUGUCUAGCAGUCGCUUAAAUGUCACUAAUGACUCUGCUUCCACGGCUACCACUGGCAAAGUAUUCCAUGCACUCUCAACUCUCUGGGUGAAGAACCUCCCUCUGACAUCUCCUCUAUACCUUCCUUCUAACACCUUAAAAAGAUGACCCCACGUGGCAGUCAAUCCUGCCCUGGGGAAAAGUCUCUGGCUAUCGACUCUAUCCAUGCCUCUCAUUACCUUGUACACCUCGAUCAGGUCACCUGUCUUCCUCCUUCUCGCCAAAGAGAAAAGUCCGAGCUCAGUCAACCUCUCCUUGUAAGACAAGCCCUCCAGUCCAGGCAGCGUCCUGGUAAACCUCUUUUGCACCCUCUCCAAAGCCUCCACAUCUUUCAUAUAUUAGGGCGACCAGAACUGGACACAAUAUUCCAAGUGUGGUCUCACCAGGGUCUUGUAGAGCUGCAGCAUAACCUCGCGGCUCUUAAACUCGAUCCCCCUGUUAAUGAAAGCCAAAACACCAUAUGCUUUCUUAAAAACCUAUCCACUUGGGUGGCAACUUUGAGGGAGCUAUGCCCUUGAACACCAAGAUCCCGCUGUUCCUCCACACUGCCGAGAAUACUGCCUUUAAUCCUAUAUUCAGCAUUUAAGUUCGACCUUCCAAAAUGCAUCACUUCGCAUUUAUCCAGGUUGAACUCCGUCUGCCAUUUCUCAGCCCAGCUCUGCAUUCUGUCAAUGUCUCGCUGAAGCCUGCAAUAGCCCUUGAUACUAUCAACGGCACCUCCAACCUUUGUGUCAUCAGCAAACAUACUAACUCACCCCUCAACCUCCUCAUCCAAGUCACUUAUAAAAACUACAAAGAGCAGAGGCCCAAGAACAGAGCCCUGUGGGACACCACUUAGCACUGACUUCCAGGCAGAAUACUUACCAUCUACAACCACUCUCUGCCUCCUGUCAGCCAACCAAUUCUGAAUCCAGACAGCCAAAUCACCCUGUAUCCUGACUUGAUGAAUGAGCCUGCUGUGGGGAACCUUAUCAAAUGCCUUGCUGAAGUCCAUGUACACCACAUCCACUGCUCGACCCUCGUCAACCUGUCUUGUGAUCUCCUCAAAGAACUCAAUAAGAUUUGUGAGGCAUGACCUGCCCCUCACAAAGCCAUGCUGACUCCCUUUAAUCACGCUAUGUUUUUCCAAAUAGUCAUAAAUCCUAUCCCUCAGAAUUCUUUCCAAAACCUUGCUGACCACAGACGUAAGACUGACUGGUCUGUAAUUUCCAGGGAUUUCCCUAUUCCCUUUCUUGAAAAGAGGAACAACAUUUGCCUCCCUCCAAUCUUCUGGUACAACUCACGUGGAGAGUGAGGAAGCAAAGAUCUUUGCCAGCGGCUUAGCAUCCUUCUUUCUCGCUUCCCGGAGCAACCUAGGAUAAACCUGGUCUGGCCCUGGAGACUUAUCAAUCUUAAUGUUUGUCAAAAUUUCCAGCACAUCAACUUCCUCAAUCUCGAUCUGUUCAAGCCUGUUUUCCUGAUCCUCAAAGUUCUCAUUCACAACAAGGUCCCUUUCCUUAGUGAAAACCAUAGCAAAAAAACUCAUUUAGGGCCUCCCCUAUCUGCUCAGACUCCACGCACAAGUUCCCAACGCUAUCCCUGAUCGACCCUACCUGCUCCCUGAUCAUUCUCUUAUUCCUCACGUAUGAGUAAAAUGCCUUCGGGUUCUCCCUAAUCCUUCCUGCCAAGCCUUUUUCGUGCCCCCUCCUGGCCCCCCUCAUUCCACUUUUGAGCUCCUUCCGAGCAAGCCUGUAAUCCUCUAAAGCUGUGCUAGACCCUUGCUUCCUCCACCUCACGUAAGCUGCCUUUUUCUUUUUGACGAGAAGCACCUCUGUUCCCAUCAUCCAAGGCUCCUUAAUCUUACCCCUUCUUACCUGUCUCAGAGGAACAAAUUUAUGCAUCACUCGCAACAACUGCUUCUUAAACAGUCCCCACGUCUGUUGUGCCCUUUCUGCGGAACAAUUGCCCCCAAUCUGUACUUCCCAACUCCUGCCUGAUAGCAUCAUAGUUUCCUUUUCCCCAGUUAAAUAUCUUCCCCUGGUAACUGAUCCUCUCCCUUUCUACGGCUAUGGUAAAUGUGAGGCUGUUGUGGUCACUGUUGCCAAAGUGUUCUCCCACCACGAGAUGUGACACCUGUCCUGGCUCAUUGCUGAGCACCAAAUCCAAAAUGGCCUCCCCCCUCAUCAACCUGUCCACAUACUGAGCAAGGAAACUCUCCUGAACACACCUGACAAAAACAGCUCCAUCCAAACCAUCUGCACUAAGGAGGUUCCAAUCAAUAUUGGGAAAGUUGAAGUCACUCUUAACAACAAUCCUGCUACGUUUGCACUUUUCAACAAUCUGCCGGCCUAUGAGUUCUUCGAUCUCCCUACUGCUAUUUGCGGGUCUGUAGAAAAUCCCCAACGAGGUGACUGCUCCCUUGCUGUUCCUAACUUCCACCCAUACUGACACAGUCAGCAAACCUUCCUCGGCAACCUCAGCCCAUUCAGCCCAUACCACCUCAGUAGACAAAUCCUCAUCAAAAGUUCUUCCAGCCACCGUUAUACUGUCCUUGACUAACAAAGCCACAGCUCCCCCUCUUUUACCACCUUCCCUGACCUUUUAAUGAAAGAUCUAAACCCUGGAACUUGCAACAUCCAUUCCUGACCCUGCUCUAUCCAUGUCUUCGAAAUGGCCAUAAUCAUGAAAUUGUUGAACAAUUUGCAUGUUUAUCCUUUCUGGUGCAGAAACCUUAAGGUUUGAAAUUCAUUGAGGUCAUGUAUGUCUAAGCAUUCAAUAUGGCAGGUGAUACAUAGAAAAAUAGGUAUGCAGGGACUCUGACUGAAACACCUGCUGGAUCAUUUGCAUCUGCAAAUCAUGGACCAAACAUCCGAAUGAAGCUCUCUUCUAAUAAUUCCCAGUUACCCCCUAUCAGUUUUCUUCUUUCAUAACCUGAGACCGAUCUUGGUGCCACUGCUGGGAAGCCAACUGCUGCACCAUCGAGUCGAAACCCAUUAAGUUAUUUCUGCACAGCUGGUUGGUAUCCACAGAUAGUUGUCAAUUUGCUAAUGAGAGCUGGUGGCCAACCGUAGAUGGGCCUCAAACCUCUGUUACAGAACAAAGCAGAUUUCUACAUUUCCACCUCCGACGGCUGAACUCUGUGUGUACUGUGAAUGAUUGCCAGAACAUGAUAUUUAUUGAUUUUUAAGUUGUAUCUAUUGUAAUUAAGUAAAAAGAAUGAGUAAUCAUGGCACACUUCGGUAAUACAGGCGCUUCCUUUUUUCCAAACCAACAAUUGUUUCAUUAUUUAUUGAAAACUCCUGUUUUUUUUCAUUCAGCUCCUUGUUCUUGUGCGAAUACCCAAAACAGAUGAAAUAAGUAAAUUCAUCUUGAAGUGACUUGUGUCAGUGGUUUAAUCCAAUCAAGAUUCACAAAAAUCUUCUUUAUACAGACAACACUAACACAAAUGGAAGAAUUAAAAUGAGUUACUACAUCCAAUCUCGCAGACCAUUUCCUAUCUAAAAAUUUUAUUUUUAACCUUUUUUGGAUGUAUUAUAGCAUCCAACUUAAACAGUGACCUUCUAUCCUGGAGGUAGGGACACUUAUCUCUUCAUCAUAAAAAUCCACAGUUCCUAAGCUACAUACACAUUUGCAGUUAUACGACUUCUUAAAAGCCAAAGUAACAGUGAUCUCUGAAGUUAAUUCAGACCCUCAAUCUUGUAUUUUUUCAACUCUUCAGUCUUUAUAUCACCCUGUUCGCAAACUUUGGUCUAAUAUCAUCCCAAAGACUGUACCUCUGAUAGGGCAGCA